AUGUCAAUGCUCAAAGGUCUUGCUUCAAUUGCUCAAUUUGGGUACAUCGCGGCCAGAAACACUCAACGAAUUCCCUUCCGCGCUCCUAUCACGAUAGCCACACAGACGAGAUCCUUCCGCUCCCUUCCAAGCUUGAGGGCAUCCGAGGAAAAGCCUAAAAUUCACGAUCGGAACACGCUGGAUCCCCAGCGAUCUGAAGGCACCAAGACCGGUACCGACAAUGAGGUCGCCAGCCAUCCUGCUGCCUAUGAUCCCAACACCACGUCGCCCGAAAGCGAGAUCGCUGAAACUGAGAAGGAGACAAAGCAAGGCGGCAAAGUGAGCAAUCCUCUGAAUGUCAGUGCUGCAAAUCAAGGUGUCAGCGAAGCGCGGGAUCCGCAAGAAGGUGGGCCGGAUCACAAUGCUGAUAAAUCAGCACUGAGUGGGAAGGGGCGGACGAGGAAGGGCAAGGAGGUGCAUACCGGAAAUAAAUGA